AUGCCCUUGACCUCUUGUAUAAACGUCCCUGUGUUUGGUCUUCUCCAUAGGUAUGACUUCAUUGAGAUCCGGGAUGGGAACUCAGAGAACGCUGAUCUGUUGGGGAGACACUGCAGUAACAUCGCACCUCCUGCAAUCAUCUCCUCAGGCCCCAUUUUGCUCAUCAAAUUCGUCUCCGACUAUGCCCACCAGGGGGCAGGGUUUUCGCUGCGCUAUGAAAUCUAUAAGACAGGCUCCGACUGUUCCAGAAACUUCACCAGUCCAUCAGGUGUGAUCGAGUCACCCGGCUUCCCUGACAAAUACCCCCACAAUCUGGAGUGCACCUUCAUCAUCAUCGUACCUCCUCACAUGGACGUCACCCUCACCUUCCUGACAUUUGACCUGGAGAACGACCCCUUGCAGGGCUCAGAGGGCGAGUGCAAGUACGACUGGCUGGAAGUGUGGGACGGCCUCCCGCAGGUGGGACCUCUGAUUGGGCGGCAUUGCGGUACCAAAAUCCCCUCUGAAAUACAGUCAUCCACUGGUAUCCUCUCUCUGUCCUUUCAUACGGAUAUGGCCGUGGCCAAAGAUGGCUUUUCUGCCUGCUACAACAUGACUCUCAAGGAGGUCAAUGACAAUUUCCACUGCAGUAAUGCUCUUGGCAUGGAGUCAAACAAGAUCAGCGACGACCAGAUCUCUGCGUCAUCCUCCUUCUAUGAUGGCCGAUGGUCCCCAAGACAGGCUCGGCUUAACUUUGAAGAUAACUCUUGGACGCCCAAUGAGGACAGCAACAAAGAAUACAUCCAGGUGGACCUGCACUUCCUGAAGGUCCUGACGGGCAUUGCCACCCAGGGUGCAGUCUCCAAAGAGACACACAAGUCCUACUUUGUCGCCACUUUUAAGCUGGAGGUCAGCACUAACGGAGAGGACUGGAUGAUCUACCGCUACGGCAAGAACCACAAGGUUUUCCAUGCAAACGUAGACCCCUCAGAGGUGGUCCUGAACCGGAUCCCCCAGCCUGUCUUAGCUCGGUUUGUCCGCAUCCGACCUCAGACAUGGAAGAAUGGAAUCGCAUUGCGCUUCGAACUUUACGGCUGUCAAAUCACGGACGCUCCAUGCUCUGAGAUGCAGGGAAUGCUCUCCGGCCUCCUGCCAGACUCGCAGAUCUCGGCCUCCUCCAUGAGGGACAUCCACGGGGCCACAGGUGCGUCACGGCUGGUGGCCAGCCGCUCAGGGUGGUUCCCCAGUCCCACGCAGCCCGUGGCUGGUGAAGAAUGGCUGCAGGUGGACCUGGGAGUCCCCAAAACUGUACGGGGUAUCAUCACGCAAGGGGCCCGUGGGGUGGACGGCAGUACCAGCGCGGAGAACCGGGCCUUCGUGCGGAAGUAUAAACUUUCCCAUAGCUUGAAUGGAAAAGACUGGAGCUACAUCAUCGAUUCCAAGACCAAUCUCCCAAAGAUUUUUGAGGGUAACACGCACUACGACACUCCAGAGAUCCGUCGCUUUGAUGAGAUUGUGGCCCAGUUUAUCCGAGUGUAUCCAGAGAGAUGGUCGCCUGCUGGCAUCGGAAUGAGACUGGAGAUACUGGGUUGUGACUUGCCAGAAUCUACCACCAUUCCUGACACUGCCACGCCUACCCUCCCUCCUCACGAGGAGACAAGUACUGCCCACAGGACACCAGGUAAUCAAACAGGGCACCUUACAUGA